UUUACCCGUGUCCACGAUGUUAUCAAGAGUUAAAAGGUUAAAAUGACCACAUAGUGUCAUAAUUCUAAGUAGUUGCCGUAGUUUCCUUAAUAUUUUAAUCAUCUACCGAACAAUGUCUAUGUGACCUUUGAUUUUUCAGCCGUCGUAAUUAUCACAAGUAUUGUGCCAGUACCGUUACGUAAGAUUUUGGAUAAAAAAUGCUACGCAAUUCAUUCGAUUCGUCUUGUUUGUGUUACUCUGUUUAAUCGAAGUACAACCGGUUUUCCAUGAUUGAUAAUUAAUGUUGUUGUUUACAUUACUCCUUACAAACGAAUGGCAGUAAAAUGGCUACUUUUCCGCAAGUCGAGGGUUACAAAAUAGUUAAAAAUAUCGGUCGUGGAAGCACAUCAACUGUAUAUCUAGCUCAUGCUAAGAAUGAAUCCAAAAAUAUGGUUGCUAUAAAAGUUAUUCAGCGGAGUAAAUUGUCAAAGAGUGCAGAAAAUGCUGUUGUAACCGAAAUAGGUGUGAUGCAAAAAUUCAAACAUAAACACAUUGUUCAAAUGAUUGAUUUUUUAUGGGAUCGUAAGAAUAUUUAUAUUAUACUAGAACAUUGUGAUGGUGGUGAUUUGUCAACAUUUAUUAAAAACCAUACCAAACUCCCUGAAAAAAUAUGUCGUAAAUUCAUGCAACAAUUAGCCUUAGCUUUGCAAUUUUUAAGAUCGCAUAAUGUUUCUCAUCUUGAUCUCAAACCACAAAAUUUACUUCUAAUGAGGUCACCACAACUUACUCUUAAGGUCGGAGAUUUUGGUUUAGCAAAAUUUAUGAGUGAAAAAACCCAAAUGGAAAAUAUUCGUGGUUCACCAUUAUAUAUGGCUCCUGAAAUGUUACUUCAUAGUCGAUAUGAUGUUAAAGCAGAUCUCUGGUCUGUUGGAGUAAUUGCUUAUGAAUGCAUUUAUGGUCGAGCUCCAUAUGCUUCAGAUUCUAUAAAAGACUUGUGUGAAAAAGUUAAAAAAGUUUUACCUAUAGAAAUACCGCCUAAUCAAGUCAGUUCAGAGUGUAGAAAUUUAUUGUUGGGUUUACUCAAACAUGAUCCUUCUGAGCGUAUGGGUUAUACUGAGUUUUUUAAACAUCCAUUUGUAGAUUUGGAUCAUGUACCUAGUACAGAAUCAUAUGAAAAAGGACUUGUUGCUAUUCAUCAGGCAGUGAAAUUAGAUUCUGAAAAGCAAUAUAAAGCAGCAUUUUGUAAAUAUUGUAUAGGAUUGCAGUAUUUGAUUCCAUAUUCCCAAAAUGAAUCUGAUAAAAUUAAAAAAGAAGCAUUGCAAUUAAAGCUGAAAGAGUAUACUAAACGAGCUGAAGAAUUAAAAGCUAUUUAUGUUUCUAAAAUGAAAAGUAAUAGUGAUGAAACUAGUGAUAAAUCUCCAACAUCUUCUAAUGAUGAUGAUCGUUCUCCAACUUUAUUAUCAUUGUGUCAAAAUACUCCUCAAUUAGCUAGUGCUGUAGAAAUUGCACUAUCUGGUCAGAUGUAUUUAGUUGAAGGUCAAUAUGAAGCAGCUGUUGAAAAGUAUAAAGUUGGUUUAAACUUGCUAGAAAAACUAUUGGAAAAAGAACCUGUGGGUGUCCGGUAUAAUUUACUUAUCAAACAGGUAACUGAAUGGAAAAGUCAGUGUGAAAAUGCCCAAGUAUUACUACAGACUAAAGAUCAAAAAGUCGAUCAAGCUAUUGAUGUCACUGAUGGAUUCUCAUCAUUAACUAAAGGUAGUUCCGAUGACGCAUGACUUCGUUGAAGUCACCACCUAUCACAAUGUUCACUCCAUGGGGUGAAGUUCUGACCAAGUGUUCAAGGUCACCGAAAAAGGACAUGUAGUUUUCUCUUGUGUUGUGGCGGGAGUUGUAGCAGCUGUAUAUGCGCACGCAUCCGCAAUGAGUCCAAGCGAAACCUCGACCUGAGCCCUUAGAUUUUGUGACGAAGGUUCAGUGACGCACAGAAGUAUUUUGAGAGCAUAUGCAACUAAAAAAAGUUACCCACCCACCAACCAAU